CCUCUACGAAGAUGGAGAUCAGCAACAAACGCGGUUCGUGAAGUGUUCUUUCCAGAAACAGUUGUUACCACACUUCCCAGCGGAUUUCGUAUAGCUACUGAAGACACCAACAUGUCCACCGCCACUAUUGGAGUUUGGAUUGAUACCGGCUCACGAUAUGAGAACGAAAAAAAUAAUGGAACCGCACAUUUUCUCGAGCACAUGGCAUUUAAGGGAACUUCGCGUCGUUCGAGAAAUGAACUGGAGCUGGAAGUGGAGAACAUCGGUGCUCACCUCAACGCUUAUACAUCGCGAGAACAAACUGUAUACUAUGCUAAAUGUUUCUCGACCGAUUUGGAACAUUCUGUUGAUAUAUUAUCGGAUAUACUUCUCAAUAGUAAGUUGAGUCCUCGAGAUAUUGAAGCCGAACGGAGUGUAAUUUUGCGCGAAAUGCAGGAGGUGGAACAGAACUUCCAAGAAGUGGUUUUUGAUCAUCUCCACAUGGGUGCAUUUGAAGGUAAUUCAUUAUCAAUGACAAUCCUGGGACCGGUGGAGAACAUAAAUUCAAUUAAACGGGAAGAUCUCAUUAACUACAUUCAAACCCAUUACCGAUCAGGACGAAUGGUACUGAGCGCUGCUGGUGGUGUAAAUCAUAAAGAAGUUGUGGGGCUAGCAGAAAAGUAUUUCGGAGGCCUUCAGCACGGCGAUGCAUCGGCAAACUUCCAUCCAGCAGUGUUCAAACCAUGUGAGAUCCAUUUACCAAUUGUUGGAAUGGACUUGAUCUAUGGUGCCAUGGUAGUCGAAGGAGUGUCAUGGACUCAUGAAGACAACUUAGCGCUUAUGGUGGCGAACACUGUGCGUAACUCAAUUCUCAUAAGUGCAAGAGAUCCCACUCGCUUAAGGAGAGAACAUUUUUCGUGCGACGUGAACGCUCCAUCUCGUUUGGCUGUCCGCCUUGGCCGUAACGCUGGUGUGCAGUCAUUUCAAGCGUUUAACACUUGCUAUAAAGAUACAGGUCUUAUCGGCGUUUACUUUGUAGCAGAAGAGGCAGCCUCAGAAGCUCUUGUAGGUUCCAUUGUCGAUGAGUGGCGUUGGUUGGCCAGUGAAGUCGAUGCUGAGUCAGUUGAUUGUGGAAAGCGAACUCUGCUUACAAACCUUCUUCUGAUGCUUGACGGGUCAACGCCUAUUUGUGAAGAUAUAGGUCGACAAUUGCUUUGCUAUGGACGAAGGAUUCCCGUACCAGAAUUAGAGCUUCGGAUUGAGGUUUUCAUUUCAUCAUUAUACAUUUACUAA